AUGCAGCAUUCUCCAGUUCACAACUACGGCUACAAUGAACGACAUGAAUUUCAAUUCGAGAGACAUUGUUUCAACAAUCGAAGUAUGGAUGCUUUCUUCACUUCGGUCCCUUUGAGAAUUGCGAGUGAGAGGAGUCCCGCUCCGAGACCUAAUUCAUUCAAGAACAACAUUAACGAAAACUCGAAAAAUGCCGACAGAAGUGCAUUUGAUGAGAAUCAAUCAAGAAGUUCGUCCAGCAAGUGGAAUGAUGAGCCAAUCACGUACUCGAACUCAAAUCUGAUGGUGAAACCUCCGGCGAUCGAGAGAAAUUUGGAGUGCACGCUCGAAGUUGUGUUACGGAUGUACGAAGAAAGUGAAGAUCACAAGAGAUGUCCUUACACUAUCCGGAAAAUAAUACAAGAAGACGAGAUAUUAUCAAUAAAAGUGCAUCCAGGAUGGAAGAAAGGGACGAAGGUAACAUUUGAAGGGAUGGGAAACGAAAGCUUAGGGACUUACGCUGCUGAUGUAACCUUCGUAAUCGCCGAGAAACACCAUAGCUUGUUCCGAAGAGACGGUGAUGAUUUGGAGCUCAACGUUGAGAUCCCAUUGGUGAAAGCUCUCUCCGGUUGCUCCGUCCCAAUACCUUUAUUGGGCGGAGAGACCAUGGAUCUGGAAAUCGAUGAAAUCAUUUCGCCUGGUUAUCAAAGGGUAAUCGAAGGUCAGGGAAUGGCCAACAAGAAACAAGAGGGAAGCCGAGGGAACUUGAAACUAUCUUUCGUCGUUAUCUUUCCCAAAGAGCUUACAUCUGAACAACAGGCUGCUGCGGUCAGUAUUUUGGGAGAUUCUGGUUGAUCAGCGUGUCUGUGUGUGUAUUUGUUUAGAAA